AUGCCCGACGAUAAGUUCGAUUAUCAAUCCCUCCCGAUCCCCACCUACGAGGAGGCCGUCGGCGCCCAACCAGGUUCCUCUCGGUCCGAUCUGGGCGAAGAGGGUGACGAUGCCGAACGACAAGGUCUCCUCGGCCGGUCCGAUCAUGCGCCAUCUGGCCGGGAGUACCAGCCGCCGACGGUCGAGUCCGCGCGCACCAGUCUCGAUGAUCUGGUAUCGUCGGGAUCAGAGUCAGCUCGAGGGUCGUUGGAAGAGAUGCGCCGGGAGUUAGAUCAGAUGGACGUCGAUGAUGGCCUACCGUCUUCCUCAAGCGGCGCGCGUCCCCGUCUCCGGCAUCAUCUCUCCAAGCAGUUCUCCAACCUAUCCCGGACACUGUCAGCCAUCCAACGACCCUUUCGACGCUUUAUCCCCAGCUUUCGCUUUACUACCAACCUCGCCGACAUGCGGUCACGGUUCAACGACCAGGGCUGUAUUAUGCUUUUACGGCUGUUCGGUCUCUUGCUCGUCAUCUCCGUGGUAUACGUCUUUUUCAUAUCUGAUAUUUUCAACAUGAACAGCCACAUGAUCAUGGGCCAAUCCUAUAGCGCGUCAUCUGUCGAGAACUUCAUUCAAAGUAACAUGAACGAAACCAACAUCGCCGAAAAUCUGAAGCAUGUCACCAAUUAUUCCCACGUCGCCGGCUCCGAGGGUAGCUUUUAUAUCGCAGAGUUAAUUGAGGCGGCGUUUCGGAAGGCACAAUUUGAUGAAGUUGAGAGGGAGGAAUUCCAGGUCUACUUGAAUUACCCGCGCAAGGACGGCCGCCGGGUGGCGAUUGUUGACCCACCCUCGCUCGCCUGGGAAGCAGCCCUGGAGGAGGGUGAGGGGGAUAUACCUGAGAAGGAGUACGUGCCGGUCUUUCACGGCCACUCGAAAUCUGGCAAUGUCACUGGCCCUCUGGUGUACGCCAACUAUGGAUCCAGGGAGGACUUUCAGUGGCUGGCCGACAAAGGUAUCCAGGUCGAGGGUUCCAUCGCUCUUGUCCGAUACUAUGGAACAGAACCCGAUCGCGCGUUGAAGAUCAAGGCUGCAGAGAUGGCUGGCGCAGUCGGCUGCAUUAUUUACUCCGAUCCAGCGGAGGAUGGAGAAGUCAACGGGCCCAGCUUCCCUCAGGGACGCUAUAUGCCACCUGAUGGCGUACAGCGAGGAGGUGUGAGCUUGAUGUCCCAUGUGGUGGGCGAUGUCCUCAGUCCUGGGUUCGCCUCCACUCCGGAAGAGAAAGUGAGAAUCCCUCUUGACGAAAGCACCGGCUUGGUAAAGAUUCCAAGUCUUCCCCUCUCCUCCCGAGAUGCGCAACAUCUUUUGCAGGCUUUGGACGGACAUGGCUCCAAAGUGCCGAAAGACUGGGUGGGCGGAGUGCCGAAGAUGAAGCAGUGGUGGACCGGAAAUCAGAAUUCGCCCCUCGUCAAUCUGAUGAACUUGCAGGACGAGGAAAACCGCCAGCCCAUUUACAACGUCCACGGCAGAAUUCUCGGAAUGGAACAGACCGACAAGAAAAUCAUCAUUGGCAAUCACCGCGACUCGUGGUGCUUGGGUAGCAUCGAUCCUGGCAGCGGCACCGCAACUUUUCUGGAAGUUGUGCGAGCCUUUGGAGAGCUUCUCACCUACGGAUGGCGGCCACUGCGGACCAUUGAGUUUGUCAGUUGGGACGGAGAAGAAUACAACCUCAUUGGUUCCACCGAACACGUUGAGAAGGAGGUGGAUGCUCUCCGAUCCCGGGCGUAUGCCUACCUCAAUGUUGAUGUCGGCGUCUAUGGCCCCAACUUCCGCGUGGCGGCGGCACCGGUCUUUAAGCGUGCGGUGCUGCAAAUUCUCGGCCGGCUGUCCGAUCCCAAGGCUAAUAAAACCUUAAGAGAAAUCUGGCAAGAAAAAGGCAGCAGGCUUGAACCCCUCGGUGCUGGCAGCGACUAUGUGGCGUUCCAAGACAUUGCAGGUACCUCGAGCAUCGAUUUUGGUUUUGAGGGCGAGCCGUACCCCUAUCACAGUUGCUAUGAGAACUUCGAGUGGAUGGCACAGUUUGGAGAUCCUGGAUUCCACUACCACAAGCUUCUUGCUCAGUUUUGGGGGUUGCUUGUGCUCGAUCUUUCUGAGAAUCCUAUGCUGCCGUUCGAUAUGGAGGCCUAUGGCAACUCUAUUACCGACUGGGUGAAGGAUCUGCGCAAGUAUGCGCAGUCUAAGAACGCCAAAGUGAACAUGAAACCACUAGUCGAGGCUGCUCGAGAUCUCCAGAAGAAUACGGUACAAUUCCAGAAAUGGAACCAAGUAUGGCACGAUGCCGUCUGGGGCUCAGGCGGAUACGAGAGCAACGUCAUGCGCGUUCAGCGGUUAAACCACAACGACCGCAUGGCCGCAUUUGACACUCAUCUACUGGAUCUGGAGUAUGGGGGCGGAAUUCCCAACCGCACCCAGUUCCGGCAUGUCAUCUUCGGCCCCGAAUUGUGGUCUGGCUACGGCGCCUCGAUCUUCCCCGCCAUCCGAGAUUCCAUCGACACUGGAGACUGGAAUCUGACCCAGCAUUGGAUCCUCCGUGUUACCGACGUGAUCAACUUUGCCAGCAACAAGCUGCUUUACUGA